AGAAUUUACCUGAGUCGUGACAGUACUUUGAUUUCUUCAGUAGGGUUGUGCAAAUAUGAUUUAAAGAAAUAAAGUAAAAAUACUAUUUUAAAGCAUUCAAAUUACAAUGACCAACGUCAAGAAAAAGGAUGAAAUGAAUCGCGGCAGGAGGAGUCGAUUGGAGGACAGUUACCGCCAAAACGCGAGGAUUAUGCGCAGACUGACUGCCCGACAGGCGACUGCCAUGGAUCUCGACCUGUGCGCCAAGUGGAUGAACGUGUUUAGACGAGCUACCAAGGAGGAGCGCAGGGCGAAGGACUACCUCGUGGAGCUGAUUCUUCGCCAGCUGCGGGAAACGGGCCACCUGUCGCUGCCCUUCACCAACCUGGCAAACUGCAGUCUGGACCUUCGCCUGCUCCUGGACGAGGAGGGACGUCAACGGCUGCGUCGCAUCAGUCCACGUCAGGUGUUGGCCCCGAUGCCGUCGAGCAGCAGCAUGACCAGGAGGCGGGAUAAGUCGUCUUCGUUUGAGUGGAGACGGAGGAUGCGACAUCUGGACCAGCUGGAAGACCAGUACUGGCGUGAGGAACAGGAAGUGUGGAGCUUGCAGCAGCCAUCCGCGAAGUGUCUUAAGCCGAAGCCGCUGGCCGCAGUGUCGAGACAACGGAAUCGCGUCAAGACGAUCGGCGUCCAGGCGGAUGUCCCACUGCUCACGCCACGGGCUGAACGUGAUCUCUGCGAGCGCGAGCGAAAACAGUGCGAAAUUCUGAAGCGGCGGGAACGGGAUCUCGCGCAGCGGCAGCUCAGGGAGCAGGAGCGAGAACGUCAGAGGACUCUGCUGGCCAAACAGCAGAUGCUGGAAAAGCAGCGCCUGGAAAAGGCGCGUCAACUACGCGACCGACGAUUGCGGGAGCAGCAGAUAAAAGUCAAGGAGCGGCGCGACCACGAGCGCCAUCUGUUGUUGAAAAAGCGAAAUGAGCGGCGUCUGCAAGAGCAGCGUUCAUGGGCCCAGCGACGCCCCAGUUCACCUUCAUCUCAGUUUGUGGAAAUUCAGCAGGGAGCGAGUCUAGAGCCGAAACCAGAAGCUCGACAUGACCACGAUACCAGGCACUUGUCCCAAACGACCAAGUCCGUGCCAGUCGACAGCAACACUACCCAAAGUGCGAAACGGAUGCAGCAGUUGCACCUUCGGGAGGAAAACAUAAGGCGGAAAGUGCUGGCCUAUGAACAGCUCAAGAAAUAUCAUCGGGAGAGGGCGCAAGUUGAACGGUUGCGGUUGGAGGGGAAUGCAGAGCAGAACAAAGAAUCCAGGAAUCUACAGAUGCAUGUGACAGAAAGAAAAAACCUUAAACAAAAGAAUGUGGAGAAAGAAAUGGAAACCGAACAAAGGAAAGAAUUUCAAGAAAAAAUUAAAAAUAUUCCUAAUAGGUUUAAUCAGCGACAGGAGAGAGAAGACUUUGAACGAAGAAAUGCCCCAAUAAUAGCAAAAAGCGAUCAUAAGGAGGAGUUAUGUAGGAAGAGGCAGUUGGAGACCAGUGACGCCAAAGGAAAUGAUCAAAUUGAUAGACAGGACCAGAAGAAUAGGGAGGAAAUUGAAAGAAAGCGGGAACAGGAGGCUAAAAUCAUUCAAGAACGGCAGGAAAGAGAAGAGUUUGAAAGAAAAGUUUUGCAAAAAUUAGAAACCGAACGAAGAGAACGGAAAGAGUUCGAAAGAAAUAGGCAAGAGGAGCUCAGGAUUCUGAAGGAACGUCAGGAAAAAGAAGAGUUUGAAAGAAGAGAAUUGGAAAAAAAAUUAAAAGCCGACCUAAAACAACAGGAAGAAUUAGAAAGACAGCGAGAAGAUAAACUUGAAAAACUCCCAGAUAAAGAAUUUGAGAGAAAAUUUUUUGAUAAACUAGAAGCCGAUCGAAAAAUACGGGAGGAAUUCGAAAGACAAAGGCGGGAAGAACUCAAAAAUCUUAGCGAACGCCAGGAAAAAGAAGAGUUUGAAAGAAAAGAAUUAGAGAAAAAACUGGAAGCUGAGCAAAAACAGAAGGAAGACAUACAAAAAUUGCGAGAAGAGGAUUUGAAGUGUCUCAAAUCACUCCAAAGCAGAGAAGAAUUUGAAAGACAAGUGUUGGAAAAACUAGAAGCCGAACGAAAAGAAAGAGAAGCAUUCGAAAGAAAGACCUGCGAGGAACGUGAGCGAGAGGAGAAAACAAUUGACGACCUUAAAAAGAAAUUCCAGGAUUUGCAAGAGCGAGAUGCAGAGUGGAAUGAGCAACAACUCAAACGAGCACUCGAUACAAAAGAGCAAGAAGAUUGCGAAAGAAUUGCCAGGGAAGAAGAAAGACUUGAAGAAAGGCUGUUGGAAAAGCUUAAACGCAGCAAAGUGGAAAGAGAAGCACGGGAGAGAAAGAAAUGCGAAGAUGAUUUGCAAAGAGGAAAGCUCCUUAGAAAGUGGCUUCAAAAGCAAGAGCAAAAGGAAGACAGGGAAAGAGAAGAACGCGAGAAACGUGAAAGGAAAAUUAAGGAGAGCCUAACUAAAGAUGGUAAUAGGCGCAGGGAAAGAGAGGGGGCUGAGGGAAAUUCCCGAGAGGAACUCGAUCGAUUACCAAAGGAAAGACAGGAAAAGAAAAAGGUGGAAAAAGAAAGCCAGAAAAGUUUCGUUUGGAAACAAGACGAAGAGGAGGUCGAUCGACGUUACCCAGUAAGCCCGAAACAGGAGGAGAUAGAAAGAGAUAUAAGAAUUCAGAAGAUAUCACAGAGUGGGGAAACAGAGCUCAUGAUAAAAUAUGAGGCAAGAAAGGUGGCGAAGCGGCUGCAGGGGCACCUAAUAAGUCGACUAGGGGAUCACAGGGCAGGAGUAGGACAUUUGGGUGGCGAAAAGAACUUAAAGCAAGUUGCAAGCGAAAGAAAGUCUGAAAGCGAAAAGUCUGUGGAGAAUGCCCCCGGAGACAUGUUGAAACCAGGACUAACUGGCAAAGAUGUGACGAACGUUAAUCGAAAUUCUCAGCAACUAGAAGGCGAUCGUUAUGAGAAUGCCAAAGUCCGGUUAAAAAUGCUUGAAGAAAGGAACAGCAGGAUAAUUCAGCAAGUGCAGGAAAAGUUUCAGGUGCUUGAAAAGCUGCGGCUGGAAGCAGGAGAACUGGAUGCUCAAUAUCCUUUCAACAAGCGUUACAAGCUACAAUCUUCAAAGACAAGAUCUUCAAAGACGCGUAGCGCCCGAUGGGCUCAAGAGGAGUCCGGAGCAGAGCAUUUUCCCAGUCAGGGUCGGAAUGGCGUCAUCCGCUCUAGCAGCGAUAGCGAUGCGAUUCCGGAACCCUGUUUCACCCUCGUGGGCACGUACUGUCCACUCAAGAAGACCUACACGGUGGAGCGCCAAAGUGCUCCACCCAUCCCAUACCAAGACUCAGCGCAGCGGGAAGCCUUCGGUUCCUAUGUACGCAACCAGGUGGUCGAUUGGCCACCACCAAGUUCCUACUCUACUGACGCGGCAGCACCGAGCGAGGAACGAGCACCAAGUGAAGACAAGUCAAGUGGCAUUGGCUUGACCUACUGCAUACGAACUGGAAGGAAGCGUUUUCCGCAGAUCAAACAAUCCGAGAUUAAUCAGGAUUCUUGCGGGCUGAAGGAGGAUCCGUUGCAGCAGAGACGGGUUUUUGGACAGCUACUAUCGCAGGCUCGGACAUUCGAUUGCAGUCCGGAAAUAUUGAGCGCGGAGAACUUUCUUCUAGAGAAAAAACUGGCUGGAGCUAAAAACAAAUAUUUGCAGGAGUCAGUUCUGCGAAUUUCAAGGUAUGUCAUAAGUUUAUUCCAGAAUGACGGAUUUAUCGAGAGUUUCGAGGAAGAGAAUGCAUCUCUGGAAAAUGAAGAACUGGAGCAAAUCUAUCUGCAAAAGAUCGAUAGCACAUUGCUGUUUCCCAAGCCAAUCUUUGGGACUCUUAUGUCGACUCUGCUAACAUCCAACGAGUCAAUUUCGCCCCAUGUCUCGGAGAAAAUGUUAAGUUUUGAAGUCGAGCUGAAGUCUCACCUCAAAAAGAUGUUCAUCCGCGAUUUUGCACGACGAGGUGUUGGAGCUCUGAGGCGCAAAGCCAAGCACUUGAUGAAUCAACAGCGUCAACUACAAAGCCGACGCCUGGCCGAGAUAUGUCGCAAUUCCGAGGAGCAGACUUCUGAGUUGUGGAGGCGGCUGUCCAGAAGCAGUGACUCCUUACGCGGGAUCAGGAAUCUCUUUCGCGAUUGUUGCGACCUGCGUGACCCAAUCUCAGGCGUCGCACUCCAAAGCAUCGAGCGCCUCUACAAGGAAUGGAAGGAUCAGCGGUUUGGUGUGAAUUAUAAGCAAUGUUGAUUUCAUUUUCCUUUUAGAAUAUUUUCAGUUUUGUUUAUGGUUUAAUUUCGAUCUUGCCUGUGUUAAAA